AAACGAAAAUAUAAAAUAAUAAUAAAAAGACAUCUUUACAAUAACCUUCAAACGUCAAAAAUGUCUGAAGAAACAAAUUCAAACACAACAAUUAAAAUUGAACCGAUCGAAUAUUCUCGAGUUAAACAAGAUUUAGAUGAUUAUGAAAACACCACAAGUAUUUGUAUGGAGAAUGAUGAAAUUUGUCUACAGCAAUUUCUAAAAUCAGAGGUUACUGUUGAUGAGGAUAUAAAGCAAGAAAGGAUCGAUGAGCAAGAUUUUCAAGUGAAACAAGAAUUUGAUGAUUAUGAAUGCACUUCACAUAUGAGUAUGGAGAAUGAUGAAAUAUGCCUACAGCAAUUUCUAAAAUCUGAGGUUCCGAUUGAUGAGGAAAUGAAGCAAGAAAAAAUCAAUGGGCAUGAUGCUGCAACUAAUACAAGUUUAGAUGAAAAAUCUUACAUAUUUAUUGAAGAAAUCAGUAAUUUAAGUAAUUUUAGCGAUAAUCAUCAAACAAAAGCAUCAUUAAAUGAACAUAAAGCUAUUAUUUUUACUAAAAAAGGACCUUACAAAUGUAAAGUAUGCAAUAAAACAUUCACAUUUAGUGGAAAUUUAAGCGAACAUAAAAAAGUCCACUCUGGAGAACGUCCUUACAGUUGUGAAAUGUGUCAUAAAACAUUUGCAACAAAACGAUAUUUAAAACAACAUGAAGUUGUUCACACUAAGGAAAGACAUGAAUGUGAA